CUCAGUUCCAGCAUACUGACCCCACGUCACUUGUGCCAGAACAGACCUUCAUCCACGAAAUUUGCGCAGGAUCGGAACAUCGCCUAACAUCAGCUAACGGCUGACUGCUGCCAGCCCACCCCAUCUCGUCCACAUCGAUUGUACUUCUGGGCUCCAGAGAGAGAGAGAGCAGGUCUUGGAGUGAACCAUGAUUUCACCAUUCUUAGUGCUGGCCAUUAGCACCUGCGUUACCACCUCCUUAGUGCCAGAGAAAGAGAAAGACCCCAAGUACUGGAGAGACCAAGCUCAGCAGACCCUGAAAAAUGCUCUGAAGCUUCAGAAUCUCAACACUAAUGUGGCUAAGAAUGUCAUCCUGUUCCUGGGAGAUGGAAUGGGUGUCUCCACGGUGACGGCCGCCCGCAUCCUCAAGGGUCAGCUGCACCACAGCCCUGGGGAGGAGACCAGGCUGGAGAUGGACAAGUUCCCCUACGUGGCCCUCUCCAAGACAUACAAUACCAAUGCUCAGGUCCCUGACAGCGCAGGCACCGCGACCGCCUACUUGUGUGGGGUGAAGGCCAACGAAGGCACCUUGGGGGUGAGCGCAGCCACCCAGCGCUCCCACUGCAACACCACUCAGGGAAACGAGGUCACCUCCAUCCUGCGGUGGGCCAAGGAUGCCGGGAAAUCUGUGGGCAUCGUGACCACCACGCGAGUGAACCACGCCACCCCCAGUGCCGCCUACGCCCACUCCGCCGACCGGGACUGGUACUCCGACAACGAGAUGCCUCCGGAGGCCCUGAACCAGGGCUGCAAGGACAUUGCCUACCAGCUCAUGCACAACAUCAGGGACAUCGAGGUGAUCAUGGGGGGUGGCCGGAAGUACAUGUUUCCCAAGAAUAGAACGGAUGUGGAGUAUGAGAUAGACGAGAAGGCCAGGGGCACGAGGCUGGACGGCCUGAACCUCAUCGACAUCUGGAAGAGCUUCAAACCGAGGCACAAGCAUUCCCACUACAUCUGGAACCGCACCGAGCUCCUGGCCCUCGACCCCAACACCGUGGACUACCUCUUAGGUCUCUUUGAACCGGGGGACAUGCAGUACGAGCUGAACAGGAACAACGUGACUGACCCGUCACUCUCCGAGAUGGUGGAGGUGGCAAUCAAGAUUCUGAGCAAGAACCCCAAAGGUUUCUUCUUGCUGGUGGAAGGAGGCAGGAUCGACCAUGGGCACCAUGAGGGCAAAGCCAAGCAGGCACUGCACGAGGCGGUGGAGAUGGACCAGGCGAUCGAGCAGGCGGGAACCAUGACCUCCGUGGAAGACACGAUAACCGUCGUCACGGCCGACCACUCCCACGUCUUCACCUUUGGCGGGUACACCCGCCGUGGCAAUUCUAUCUUUGGUCUGGCCCCCAUGUUGAGCGACACAGACAAGAAGCCCUUCACCGCCAUCCUGUAUGGCAAUGGGCCUGGCUACAAAGUGGUGGGCGGUGAGCGAGAGAAUGUCUCCAUGGUGGACUACGCUCACAACAACUACCAGGCACAGUCUGCUGUGCCCCUGCGCCAUGAGACCCACGGCGGGGAGGACGUGGCCGUCUUUGCCAAGGGCCCCAUGGCGCACCUGCUGCAUGGUGUCCACGAGCAGAACUACAUUCCUCACGUGAUGGCUUAUGCGGCCUGCAUCGGUGCCAACCGUGACCACUGUGCCUCAGUCAGCUCAUUGGGCAGCUCCUCCCCAGGGUCCCUACUGCUCCCGCUGGCCCUGCUCCCCUUGGGCAUCCUGUUCUGAGGGCCCGGGACCCAAGCACCCACCAGCCCACGACAGAUGGCCAGCCUCCCUCCCCCAGC